CGAUAAUCGAGGCCGCUCGCGGCCCCGUCGUCGCCACGGUGACGCCGCGCGUCAGCUGGGCGCGGGGUACCCAGCCAUGGCCGCGAAUGCGGGAAUCCCAUACUCGCCGUUACCAAGCCGGGUCCGGGAGCGCCUCACCUCGUUCAGCCACGCGGUGUUCAGCGGCAGGGAGACCGCAUCCCCGGAGCGUGCCGGCACGGUGGUCGUGAGCAGCCUGCCCCUGCAGAUGUCGCUAUACUUCAGCGCGUUCUAUUAUCCGUGUUGGGUGACCUCGGAGGCCGUGAUGCUGGCUACCAAGUACCCAUACUUGGCCACGCACUACGCUGUGGUGCUCACCACGGUGCUCGUCUUCAUGGCCGUCAUCGAGAUGAGCCGCCUCUACCUGGGCUACGCGGGGAACCUGGGCGAGAAGGUGCCCGAGCUGGCUGGAUUCUGGCUGCUGUCCCUACUGCUGCAGACGCCACUGCUGUUGCUGCAGCUGCUGCUGGGCAGGGAUACGGUGCCUCUGCAUGGGGCUCAGGUCGGGGUGCUGUCCGUGCUCGCUCUGCUGCUGGCCACGCAGCUCGUUCUUGCCUUCACCACGCUGCGCUGCAUGACGGCGCGCAGGGCCACGCACUUCCACGUGGCUGCGACGUCGCAACUCCACGAGCACCACGCGUAGCAGGCAGCAUACCACGCGUAGCACACCGCACGUCGCACUCAACGCAUAGCACGUCACACACAUCACGAGCUCCCCCCCCAUGCCCAUUAUGAGCUCCCCCCCAUGCCCCAUGGAAAGUUACUUUUAUUCUAAGAGUUGUUGGGUUUUUUGUAAUAAAGAUCAGUCACUUGAGCGUAAACUUUCUGCAGCUUUCUGAGGUCUCUUCUUGGGGACAGCAGGCAAGAAUACACCACCCACACCAUACACAACACAUAUAUCAAACGCCAUUCGGCACUAAGUGACAGUGAUGUCACCACAGCGCUUGUGCCGGGUUAGGUGCACCGAGGUUACGUGAAGUGUCAAAGGCUCACUAGCAGCUCACAGAACAGACCCAGGUGCAAUGAGUUGACCGAGAUGAAUGGCAGAUGCACCAUCUGUCCUCCGUCCAGCUGCCCAGGAGCAUCCUUCACGAGCCUCCUCCACUUGCCGAUGACUGGUACCAGUAAUCGGCAAGUCCACUCAGCCCCACAUGCUUCUGUACCACAUCGGCCCAUCUAUUCUCUAGCCCAUUCUGUGUCCGUUUAGCCUCCUCUAACCAGACAAAAAAAAGCUGCUUGGGCAUGCGAUGCCUGGACAUGCGGGCGAUAUGACCCAGCCAACGCAGUCUCGCCUGCUGGAGCAGCUCCAUGAUGGAAAUGUGUCCAGAUCUUUCAAGGAUUUGCAAGCACCUCACACACUCCAGCCUGGUUAAACCCAGGAUGGAUCAUAGGUAGGCUAGCCUGAAUCAUCAGGCUAUCCCGCCUGAUGAUGCUCGUUGUAAUUACUGGCAAAACGUCGUACACCGGUGUGCUGUAUUAGAACGACUUGGCAUGUUCUGUUUACAUGACAAACUUUACUAAUUGGCUGUGUCGGGUGGUGGCGGGUUUAACAACACAUUUAUAUUUACACGAUAUAACCUAAAAAACCUGUAUUAUGGAUUAAUGUUUCACACUGGUGCAGGUGUUCUUUCAGAGGGAUCCAUGUUUCACAAAGGGAGGGAAGGGCAUGACUGGCUGAAAAUAACCAAAACUUCGUGUGGAGCAACAGGCCAGCUAGCUUCCAUACAGAGUUAUGCAUCUUUUUGUGUUUAGUUUGUUGUCCUUUCCCUGCACCUCCGAUUAGCAUGGUUGGCUACAUAUGUUUUGAAAGAAGUUCAACAAACAUACAUAAAGCUGACGAAAAGGU